CAUUCUGCGCAGUCAUGAAACAUAAACAGAGAGAAUCUGAGCAGCACUUUCCAUGUAAGGGUAUCCAGCAGUGGGAGGUAUUUGAGGAGAAGCUCCUCAAACCUUUUUUCUGCCACUUCACUUAGACAAAUUCACCCCCAGAAUGAUUCUAUAAACAAGAAGAAACAUCUCCAAGCUUCUAUAAUGGGGUUUUAGUUGUAGAGCGUGUUUCUGUCCAGCAGCAGACUCUCAUCGGAACUCUCUGGUGGCGUUCGGAGCAGCUCAGAUCCACAUUAAGCCUGAUGUUGGAACUUCCCUGUUGAGAUGAUUAUCUUCACUGCUUGUAUUUCCUGACACAGUCCGGUCUCCACUUUUCUCCGUGCUGCUUUGAAGGAAAAAUGGCGAUGAUUUCAGGGUUUGUCCUCCUGUGCAUGAUUCACGCCAGCGUACCUCAACCUGCACCACCUCGUGGGGCCAGACCGGUUCCUGGACGGGGUGACAGUCCAGACCCAACACCUCCCCCACUCCCACCUGAGCCGACACCUCCAUCUGAAUGUUGUGAGAAAAACAUCAACUGUCCCAUAAAGCUGUUCUUCACCAUUGACACCUCGGAGACCAUUGCCCUGCAGCAAUCCCCGCCUGGUAGCUUAGUGGAAAGCAUCAAGGAUUUCACUCGGAUGUUUGCCCAACAACUUGCGGAUGAGGAUUACAGGGGCCAGAUUCAGAUCACCUGGUCCAUCGGAGGCCUGCAUUUCUCUCAAACACAGGUCACCUUUAGUGACAUCACAACCAGAGAGAACUUUAUCCGGAAUCUCAUUCGGAUCAAAUAUCUUGGCAAAGGCACCUACAUCGAUUGUGCCCUCAAAAACAUGACGUACCAGAUGACCCAGUCUUCCACGAGUAAAGACUCAGUCCUCUUCGCUGUGGUGAUAACCGAUGGUCACGUGACGGGGAGUCCGUGUGGGGGGAUCAAAAUGAUGGCAGACAAGGCGAGAGAUCAGGGGAUCCACGUCUUCUCAGUGGCAGCAUCCAGGAGCAUUGAUGAGAUCGGCAUGAGGGAGAUAGCCGGAUCUCCCACCGAACUGUUCCGGGACGAUUACAUAGUUAUGGAGAUCGUCGAUGGAAGGGCAAAACUGAGCACCAAAUCGAUUGAUCGUAUCAUCAAAGUCAUGAAACACCAAGCUUAUCUACAGUGUUACAAACCCACAUGCUUUGAGGCUCCUGGAAGCCCGGGACGAAAAGGGCCUAAAGGUCUAAAAGGCGCAAAAGGAGUCAGAGGCCAGACAGGUCCAAAGGGUAGAAAAGGUUCACAGGGUGAUCCUGGAAUUGAGGGUCAGAUUGGACGACCUGGUCCAAAGGGGGAAGUUGGGUUCAAAGGCGAUAAGGGGGAAGUUGGUGUAGGUGGAGCAAAGGGUGUGGCAGGAGUGCCAGGCAAAAGCGGAGUUGAUGGACAAAAGGGUAAAAUUGGCAGAAUUGGACCUCCUGGCUGCAAAGGAGAUCCAGGAAAUAAGGGGCCAGAAGGCUACCAAGGAGAAGUCGGUGAGACUGGUCUGCAAGGAUCCGAUGGGGAAAAGGGCAGUCCUGGUUUGCCUGGCAAGCCGGGCCCCCGGGGCCCUGAUGGUGAACAAGGGCCAAAGGGAGAAAUUGGAAUGCCUGGGAAUCCUGGAGUUCCAGGAAAUAAGGGUCCAAAGGGACAAAAAGGCAAUCCAGGAGCAAAAGGCGAUUUGGGCCGGAGAGGAGAUCGUGGACCUCCUGGGACCAAAGGAGUUGAAGGGAAAAAGGGGGAAAAGGGAGAACAAGGGCCAGAGGGAGAAAGAGGUCGACCUGGGGAAGAUGGAUUUAAGGGUUCUAAGGGGGACCAGGGGCUUCCUGGACCAAGAGGUCCACCAGGAGAGACAGGGGUUCCAGGAAAAAAUGGUGUUUUGGGAGAUCCUGGAGAACCUGGACCAAGGGGAAACCCUGGGCAACGUGGCCUUCAGGGGGACAAAGGAAGACCAGGAUUCAACUAUCCAGGACCAAGAGGACCUCCUGGAGAAAGAGGUGAACCGGGCAGAACAGGACCCAGAGGGAGCAGAGGUGAAUGUGGGGCCAAAGGAGAAGCUGGAAAUAAAGGACCACCAGGAGAGCCUGGGGAACCGGGACAGCUUGGAGAGCCAGGGCAGAGAGGACCCAGGGGAGACCCGGGAGCAGAUGGCGGUCCAGGACCAACAGGCGAUCCUGGACUCACUGAAUGUGAUGUGAUGACGUACAUCAGAGAGACGUGUGGAUGUUGUGACUGUGAAAAGCAUUGUGGAGCUCUAGACAUUGUUUUCAUCAUUGACAGCUCAGAAAGUGUUGGACUGACAAACUUCACCUUGGAAAAAAAUUUUGUCAUCAACACCAUCAACAGACUUGGAUCUAUGGCCCCUGACCCCACAUCCCCAACUGGUACAACAGUUGGAGUCGUUCAGUACAGUCACAAUGGGACCUUUGAGACCAUCCGUCUUGAUGACGCCAACAUAAACUCCAUGUCUGCCUUUAAAGCUGCGGUGAAGAAUCUACAGUGGAUCGCUGGAGGCACCUUUACCCCCUCUGCUCUCAAGUUUGCCUAUGAUAACCUUAUUAGGGACAGCAAGAGAGCCCGCGCACAAGUUUCUGUCAUCGUGGUCACAGACGGGCGCUUUGACCCUCGGGAUGACGACACUCAGCUCAGGUACCUUUGCGACGACCCCAAUGUCGUAGUCAAUGCCAUUGGAGUUGGUGACAUGUUUGACAAGAGCCAUGAUAGUGAGACCCUGCUCUCAAUAGCAUGCAAUGACAAGAAUAGAAUCACGGAGAUGAAGCGGUACACUGAUCUGGUGGCUGAGAACUUUAUAGAGAAAAUGGAGACAGUGCUCUGCCCUGAUCCAGUGAUUAAAUGCCCAGACCUUCCCUGUAAAGCUGAACAAUAUGUGGCUCCCUGUGUUGGUCGGCCGGUGGAUUUGGUGUUUUUGCUGGAUGGAUCGGAGCGCCUUGGAAUGGACAACUUUCAGCACAUUCGGGAAUUUGUGCAGAAAGUGGCCGACCGCCUGGUUCUGGCCAAGAACAAGAAUGACCAGAUGUGGUCCCGCCUGGCUCUGAUCGAGUUUGGAAAAGAGAAUGAGCUCCGCGUGGCUUUCAACCUCACACACAACCGUGACGUCGUUGCCGCAGGCAUAACCACCUUGCCCUAUCUCGACUCCUCGUCAGCAGUGGGGACCGCAAUCACCUACACCAUUGACCACAUCUUGGGGAAAGGACGCAGUCGCAAGACAAGACGUGGUGCUGAGAUAUCAUUUGUUUUCAUUACAGACGGCAUCACUGACAGUAGUAGCCUGGAUGAGGCGGUUAGUGCAAUGCGAAGGGAACAAAUCAUCUCCACCGUUAUUGCCACGGGAAGUGACGUUGACAACGACAUCUUGCAUAAGUUAGUAAUGAACGAUCAGGAGGCCAUUUUUAAGGGAGAAAAGCUUUCUGAUAUGCUACAACCAAGUUUGUUUGACCGUUUCAUCCAGUGGGUUUGUUAAUGUUAGUGUGAGUAUGAAGUAGUAGUGGUGCUACAGCUAUUAAGCUGGCAUUUCAAAAUUCUCAUAAAAUCAAAGUUCAAAACUGGCAUCACAUUUGCAAUGCACCAGAAGCAAGUUCAUAAAACAUUUUGUCAUCUGGAAAUAUUUUAAUGGGAUGUCCUUUCACGGUUUCAUGAAUUCACCAGUUUAGUGCAGAGACAUUCAAAUGUCAAUAAAAGUAUAAUGGCUUGCAACCGGGCAUGUAGAACAGUCUAUUCUAAGCAGAUGAAAUGCACUUUUUUGUGUGUGAGCAUGCAGAAGUACAGCUUUGACACUCUUCUGCAAACAACCAGAGCUACAAAAGAUCCCAUUGAAGAACAUCCCGAAAUGCACUGAGUUUCUCUUCCAAAGUAGAGAUAGGUUUAUAAUAAAUGAUGAUGUUGCUGUCACAGCAAAUGCCUGUUAAAUCCAACACAUUCCCACUCCCAACUCAUCAUAUAUGGACAUAUUUUCAGAGCCUCCUCUGUGUCACAUUUUUUGACGUUUAGGUGUCCCCAACUUGUCAUUUUUCAACGUGCUGACUGUUUCCAUUAAAUCAGGGGUCCCAAACCCCCAGGCCAAGAACCGGUACCAGUUCGAGGGCCGCUUGGUAAAAGGCGGCAGACGGGAAAAAAAAAGCAUGCGCUUAUUCUGAUUUCUGAAGGAAGUUUUGUUUUGGAAAACUUCCAGAUUCUGUUCCUCACAACUGCCUGACUCGCGUGACAAAACGGUUGCUCACUUAGACAGCUAGCUAAGUCAAAAGUCCAAAGCUAAAACAUAAUAAAACCAAACCAAAAAUAAGUAUUUGGGAAGUUUCUUUGAGGAGAAAAGAGCCAGUGAGGAACCUGAAGAAAAGCCUUAAACUUCAGAGUAAAAUAAAGCUGCUGCUUACAGACAAAAAAUUCAGGAGCAGUCCGAGCGAGCAGCCAUUUAUGUCACGUGACUCUGAUGAACAGAAUACGGUUGUUUUUUCAAAAUAAAACUCCAUUCAGAAUCAGUUAGCAUAUGCAUUUUUCUUGUCAGUUAUCGAGUACCGGUACUGGUCCGCGCCCUGAAGUUUGGGGACCCCUGAUUGGCAUUUUUUUCCUGUCUGCAGCCCGAUACCGAGUGGUUUCGGACCGGUACCGGACCACGUCCCAGGGGUUGGGGACCCCUAAUUUAAUGGAAACAGGCAGCUGGAAGAAAAACGUAAAAAUUGGGGACACCCAAAAGGUCAAAAAGUGACAUGGGGGGCCAGAUAAUACAUCCAUAUGUGAUGAGUCAGGAGCGAGAAUGUGCUGCUUAAUCACAUUUCACAAUAAAGAAAUAUCCAAAAUCACACCUCCCUUUUUGUUGCAAUUUAAUUUGAUUUGAUUGUUAAUAAAGUUCCUAAAAUUGCAAACAUCACUGCAGCUGAAAUAGCAUUGAUAGAGGCACGAUAAUUUUAUAAUUGAAAGAAGAGGGGGAAAAAAAAAGAAACACUCAUAGAUAAGCAGCUGUUUGUGAAUGUUCUGUACAAGAGUUUUUAUUCAUUGUGUGUAAACAGUAAAGUUGGCUUAAACAUAA